AUGUCACGAAAGUCUGUAGAGGCAGAUGUUAAAGCACCGCCUUUGGCACAUGGGGACAUUCAGAUUUCAGACAGGGUGACGUCUCUGGAGCAAAAGUUGUCAAAACUACUGAGCGAACAGGUCGUCUCAGCUAACAUAACUAGCAAAUCUCAAACUGAGCUUACUGUAACGUUCAACCAGACAGCUACGAGACUGCUUCAACUAGACAUUAAUUCGCUGAACGCCCUUGUGAAUGAUAUGAACAAGACAUUAUCAGACGAGAUGAACCAAAUCAGUUUAUCUGGAGUUAGGGCUUAUACGGUGGCCAACCAAACAGAGGAGAUUUUAAACAAAUUUAAGAACCAUACCGAAAGCGAAAGCUCUCUGAUAUUGUUGAAAAACGCGACAGAUAGACUAAACCGAGAAGAUGUGAGGCUGAGGAAACUUUUGACAGAAUUUAACACCACUCUCUCUAACAAGAUAGAGAAUGUGAGAAAGCUCCAGGGCCCUAUUGGACCACGCGGUUUCAACGGCUCUCAAGGACCGAUUGGAUUAGCCGGACCUCGGGGAUUCAAUGGUACACAGGGUCCCCAGGGGAUGAUAGGCCCGCAGGGUUUUAAUGGAUCACAAGGACCACCAGGACCACAGGGUGCCAAAGGAGCAGGUGACUUCUCCCAGUGUGAACACAAGACUGAGGAUUUGACUGCAACCCAAGAUCAAAUCAUCAGCAACAAUUUACCAAACCCAGUUAAAGUGAUCCUGGGUGAACCAAGUGGUAAAAAGAUUGUUGGUGUCUCAUGUACAACAAACCGUGCACAGCUUUAUCUGCUAACGUCCGAAAUAAACCCAGCUAAUGGUCAGUUGCAUUACACUUGUAACUGUUAUGGUCAUCAUGGAACUGGCCAGAUUGAUGUUCAAUGCACCAUGCAUUACUGGGAAUGUCCGCUGACCACAUGAACUCAAAAACGACUGGUGUUGUG